CCCCUCUCCCUGUCCCAAUCCAACAGUGCUUUCGUUGCCCCCUCCCUCCGAUCCUGCGCGCGCACCAAAAUAAAGCCGGUCCCGUAGUGCUAUCUAUCCAUGGUCAUAGCCUGCCCCCGCCUGCUCUGCUCCUGCUGCUGCCCCCGAGACGAAUCCGAGCCCGUCAGCCAAGAGACGCCGUCGGCGAUGGCGCCCCCUGCCGCCACCACCGGCAGCGACGACCGGAACACUGACAGCACCACCACCGUCACGCACCGCACCGUGGAGGUGGGCCCCGGCGUGCGCCUGCACGUGGCGGAGGCCGGCCCGGCCGGCGCGCCCACGGUGCUGCUGCUCCACGGCUUCCCGGAGCUGUGGUACACCUGGCGCCACCAGAUGCGCGCGCUGGCCGCGGCGGGCUACCGCGCCGUGGCACCCGACCUGCGCGGCUACGGCGGCUCCGACGCGCCCGCGCUCGACGACGCCGGGCAGUACACGGCGCUGCACGUGGUGGGCGACCUGGUGGCGCUCAUCGACGCCCUCGGCGAGAAGCGGGUGUUCGUGGCCGCGCACGACUGGGGGGCGCUCAUGGCGUGGAGCCUCUGCCUGUUCCGCCCCGACAGGGUGCGCGCGCUCGUCGCGCUCAGCGUCGCCUACACGCCCCGGAGCGCCGCGCGGAGGCCUAUCGACGGGCUCAGGGCGCUCUUCGGCGACGACUACUACAUCUGCCGGAUCCAGGAGCCUGGAGCAGUUGAAGCUGAAUUCGAACGCCUUGGCACGGAGCUGGUACUCAGGAAGUUCCUAAGUUACCGCAGCCCCAGACCUCUGUUCAUCCCGAAGAGCGGGUGGGGCUCCCCAGAUGAUGUGGUGCCACUGCCGAGCUGGGUAACUGAGGAGGACCUCAAGUACUACACUAGCGAGUUUAAGAGGACCGGCUUCUCCGGAGGACUCAACUACUACCGUGCCCUGAAUAAGACAUGGGAGCUCACAUCACCCUGGACUGGAGCUGAGAUAAAUGUUCCAGUCAAGUUCAUCAUUGGAGACUUGGAUUUGACAUAUCAUAGUCCUGGCAUACAAGAUUUCAUUCACAAGGGUGGCUUCAAGAAGUUCGUUCCACUUCUUGAUGAUGUUGUUGUCAUGAAAGAUGUUGGGCACUUCAUCAAUGAAGAAAAACCAAAGGAAGUCAGCGAGCUCCUAUUAAGCUUCAUAAAAAAAUUCAAUUGAUGCUAAUUUCUUAAUGAUGGUUGUAAUUAGAAAUUUGGAAUUGAUUUUCAGUUUGCGUUUGUCGUUGAUCUAACGCCAUGUAAAAUGCUUAAUGUUAUGUGGUACUGUAGCUUUUGGAGCGGGCUUUUGACCCACUCUGGAAAAGCAUUUUAGGGGCAGGUCAAAUGAAUAAGCAACUAUGACCACUUAUGUUAUGGGGUAUCCACUAGUACGACACUAAUAGUAUUUUAAUUGAAGGUAUGUCAUUGCCUUUAA